AUGCAAGCGCGGUACACGGCGACGCCGGACGACGACGUGUUCCGGUUCCUGAGCCGCCGCUACGCGUCCACGCACCCCACCAUGACCAAGGACGUGUCCUGCCAAGGACCGUUUGGAGGGCGCACCACCUCCUUCAAGCGGGGCAUCACGAACGGGGCCGCCUGGUAUCCGCUCAAAGGCGGGAUGCAAGACUACAACUACAUUUGGCACGGAUGCAUGGAGAUCACCGUGGAGCUGUCAUGUUGCAAAUAUCCGCCUCGCCAGGAACUCCCACGCUUCUGGGAAGAGAACCGAGAGGUACGAGAUGAAAUGCGAUCGCUGCUGACCUACAUGGGCGAGGCGCACCGCGGCGUGCGCGGCUUCGUCUUCGACGAGAACCGCAACCCGAUCCACAAGGCGCGGCUGAAGAUCCGCAACCGCGAGAUCGGCUUCGAGACGACCAAGUUCGGCGAGUUCUGGCGGAUCCUCCUCCCCGGCGUCUACGUCCUCGAGGUGUACAAAGACGGGUACGAGCCAGUGGAGCGGGAAUUCCAGGUCCUCGAGGACCGACCGACUUUGAUCAACAUCACCAUGUUCCCGACCACGGUAAGAGACGGCAAAGACUGGUGGCGGUUUCGCAACCUCGACCCUCACAACGGUGGCGGGAGGCUGGUGUCGUCGUCGUCGUCGUCCUCGAUGCUGAGGAUCCGCCAGGCCGACGAGGGCAACGGGACCGUCGGUGGCGGGGGGGUCGUGCAUUACGAGUUGCCGAGUUUCCGCCCACCGAAACCCCCGUCGAGCCCCGUGCAGGGUUUCAUCUCCAACAUCAGCGAACGCUUCCAGAACUUCGUCUCCUUUCUAGGCUGAUGCUUCUUUCCAGGCCGACAAAACUCCCUUCCAGGCCAACAAAGCUUAUUUCCAGGCCAACAAAACUACCUUCCAGGCCAACGAAGCUCCUUUCCAGGCCAACAAAGCUCCUUUCCUGGCCGACGAUGCCGCUCUNUGC